UCGAAGAGGCGUAGUCCUACUAGGGGAGGGAGAGGUUUGAACUUCUGAACUUAAGAUCUAUAGACGUAGAGACACAACCCCCCUCCCCCCCCUGUGAGUCGGUCCGAGACUCCGUCGCCCUCGGGACCCUCUAUCGAUAAUGUUGCCCCAUCUACAGAUGCAACAUGUACGGGCGAGGCAUAAACAGGACGGUCUCCGACGGGCUACCGAGCGAUGGGCGCAUCUGUCGAUUACGCCACGAAUAUUGGGUUUCUUCAAUGCCUACUGCACUGCCCUGCAUGCAUUAUCGGGAUGCAAGGUACACAAGGGUAGGGCGAGAAGGGAGGAGAUACCAGGGAGAGGAGAGGGACGAGGGAGGGAGGAGAGGGGAAGAAGGUUGUGCCGAAGAGCCACACUAGGGUGGGCGGUGCUCUCCACCGGGCUACCUACCUUCUCCCUCUCCACCACGACACCGCGGCUCCGAUGCCAUGAAUGUUGGAAAUACUGGAAAGCUUCGAAAACGCAUCCUCACCUGGCCAUCCCCAUGCGGCGCGUGGAUAUUGGAAUCGAUCGAGCAAGCCUGUCCCGGACCCGAAAACGCACUCCGGAUCUCGAUUUGCAUGCUUCUGUUUCCUACAGGGACGAACUAAUCUACCUAGGUAGAUAGUGGAGGGGGGGAGGGGAGAUGCUGAAGCAGGAUGGCUAACAAGGUAACGACAAGAUGAAACCAUGGUUUAAAAUAACUCGACCUCUGUUACUCAGCUGACGAUUAUUGAA